CACUUGUUGUGUAAACUGCAGUCAACAGCGCAGCGCGUCUGCUGUUUCCAUUUUGUAAUUCAGGAGCCAGCAACUGAUCAUGCUGGUAAACACGCUCAUUUUGUUCGCUUCCUGUUGACUGUAAAUUCAUUGUCAGUAUCAUGAUUUAGGCUUGCUGUUUCCACUUUUCACAAUUUCCUUCCAGCCUGAAUGUGCUAUAACGGGCUAGCACACAACGUGGCUAACGUAGAGAAUAAAGCAAGCGUUUUUGUUGUAAUUUUACACUCUGUGGUGAAUAAGCCAUGGAUUCUCGUGUUUUCUCUCUAACACCCCGUCCAUCGUCGUGUACAAUUAUGCCAAUACAUCUGCGUAUUUGUUGACCAGAAUUACUUCUAAUAAUUAUGAGUAUCCUAUCAUUACGCAUUGGCAUUACCGUGCAAAUUGCCAUUCCCUCACGACCCAGCACCUCCAACGCAGACUGGGCUGCAGACCGGCGCCGUGCCGAGCUACAGGACUCGAUUGGUCCGCUGCAACCGGGAUUUCCCUGCUUCCUGACCGACACCUGCCUGGGACGGGGUGGGCAAACGGCAGCCGGCGUGUAUGUCGGAAUAAAUGGCGUCACGAAGGAAUUUGUAGCGGUUAAACGGCUGCCUGCGGACAGCCAGCAGGUGGUAGACAGCACUCUGGCUGAAUACCAUCUUAUAAAGAGCAUACCGCAUACCAAUCUAGUGAGAUAUUUUGGACUACAGCUCAACGUAUUUGCCGCUCUUCCCGGACUUCACAUCGGACAGCGGGAUGAGUUGUGGUUAAUCAUGGAGCUGUGUCAAAGAGACAAUCUAAAGGAUUUGGCCAAGAGAAAACUGGCUUUUGAGGAAAUAGUGGAUAUCGCUCAGCAAGUCCUCCGCGGUCUCCACCACUUGCACGUGAACGGGAUUGUUCACCGUGACCUUAAGUGCCAAAAUGUUCUAGUGGGCAUGGACGGCACUAUAAAGCUAGCGGAUUUCGGUUUAAUCAAGCAGUUAGAAGGGACCAUGACACGGACCAAUGAGUUGCAGCCCGAUACGGGCACACUGCGCUACAUGGCCCCCGAAGUAGUUCUCGAAGACGCCAACAGAGAGUACAAAAUAGGUCGCCUAAGCGAUAUAUGGAGCUUUGGAUGUAUGUUGCCGGAAAUGCUGACCGGAAAUGAUCCCGAAUAUGUGAUUGAAUUUACCAACAUCGCCAAGGCAGUCUUGCAUAUUAUUCAAGGGAAUGGUCCGCUGUUCCCGUCAGGACUAUCCGAUCGGUUCUCUCCAGAACAGAUCCGGGUACUCCAACAGGUUUUUCGACGAUGCAUCGUCAAGGAGCCGGAUAAUCGGCCCCACGCAAUAGACUUGCUCAAUUUUUUCGAAAGCAUUUCUUCACGAGCGAAGCCGCAGACAGCUGACGUGGAUGAGUUGGCCCAGGCAGUGCGUUCGUGGAAUAUAAACGGCAACACUCGGCACUGGGCGUCGCAGUCAGCUUCUUUCGAUGGCGGCGGCGGCGGUGGAAUUCUGGGUAGUGUGCGGAAACUGCUGAGAAAUGCCGGCAGAAUGAAAAUCAUCCCUGUUACCGAGCGAGAAGUCGCCAAAUUCCGGUAUCUACCAUUUAAAUACCCGCGUUACAUUAUGGUUCUUACAAACGACCCAAAAACGUUCAUUAGGCAGUUCAUCAAUGAGCAUUAUGAUCUGGAUGAAGCAAAUAACCGCAUUCCUUUCGGCAUUCUUCUGGAGUCAGAUGAUAGAGACCUCGUGCCACCGGAAAGCAGAAUGAAUGCUCGCACGGGUACGCUGGAAAGCACACAGGAUCUAUCGUUUCACACGCUGAUCGUAUGGCCCAAUGGCGCGGCGUGUCGCCGGGACAUGUGGACCACGAAGGAUCAGCUGGAACGUGUGUUUUCCGUUUCGGCCGUUCAAGUAAUCGUUGUUGGCCCAGUGCUGACCAAAGAAUUUCAGAAAGCACGUACCCACUGGAAAGGUUUGGUUCGAGAUGCGGAGAAUGUUGGACGCCUUAUUGGAUCGCCGCCAUCCGUUGCCUGUCGCAGUGCCUAAUUGUCGUCGAUUGUCUCGCCUUAGUAUGUAAUCUCAUUGUACCGAAUUAUGAUAGUUUUCUUAAGAAAUCAUGUUGCAUUCCCAUUUCCCAAACAAGUUUUUCAUUUACUGGCAUACUGCUCAUAGAUCGCAUUAAUUUUCGCAUCAAACCUUGACUGCAGCAUACCAGCGCUCCUUUUUGAAUCCCAGCAUCAUAAACACUGUACUUUGUUUUUAUACCAAUUUUUUAUCGUUAUCACUUGUGAGGAGGAGUGGCCUCUCCGUUCACCCGCGCACAGGCGGCUGCUAGGUUGUUUUGCUGUUUUUGCCGUGUUUUUCUCCAUCUACCAGAUUCUAAAUCUGGUAGAUUCUUUAGUUGCUAGAUUUCGUCGUCUGAGUUGGAUGCUUAUUCCUUUUUGCCCCGCAGCAAGGUGCUGCGAUGGCCUUUGAUGUGUUGUACGUGAGAAAGAUAAA